AUGUCUAUCGGUCGAGUCGGUGAAUUCGAUGUGAAAAACGGUACGUGGUCGUCAUACGUGGACCGGAUAAAUAUGUACUUUAAAGUGAACAAUGUGGGUGAGAACUUGAAAUUACCGACUUUAAUUGCCGUGAUGGGGGACGAGGCAUAUGAGUUGCUGGUAAAUUUAGCGAGCCCUAAAGUACCAGCGGAUAUAACAUAUGAAGAGGCGGUGAAACUGUUGGAAAAUCACCUCCAACCUGCCCCAUCGGUGCUAGCGGAACGGUACCGGUUUCGUCAGAGGAGACAGAACGCGGGGGAGAAUAUAGCCGGGUACGUUUCGGAGUUAAAAAGGCUGUCACGGAAUUGUCGUUUUAAAGACGGACUAAACGAAAACCUAAGGGACCAGUUCGUAUGCGGCCUUCGCAGUGAUGUGACACGGCAAAGGCUAUUUGCCGAAGAUGACGCAAUAGUGUUCUCGGAGGCGGUGAAGAUCGCCACUUCUCUAGAAGCGGCGGAGCGAGACUCAGCCGCGGUCGAGGCAAUGGGGCCACCACGGGAGGAGGCGCCGGGAGCAGCAGAGAGCGUCAACGUGCACGCGGUCAGCGUGCGGGGGAGCAGCGAGGGCGGCCGAGGGCGCGGGCGUGGGCGCGCACCACGCGGCCGCGGACCACGUGGCGCGCCGGCGGGCGGCGGCGGCAGAGGCGCAUACCUCCGACGCUGCGCCGGAUGCGGCGCGGUGGACCACGAAUAUGCCAGCUGCCGGUUCCAGAGCUACGUGUGCAGUAGAUGCAGGCGCACGGGUCACCUGCGGCGCAUGUGCCCCGAGCGUGACGAGCGGGCGGCGGGGCCGGCGGGCCGGGCGGCUCGCUACCCGCUGCACUACGGCGAGCCGGCUGAGGACCACGAGGAGGUGGAGGUCCAGGCGGACCAGCACUUGGACCAGGAGCUGCACCAGUUGUGCUUGAACGAUUAUAGGGCGGUGAGUUUGCCAAUUAUUAUAAAUGGUCAGGUCAUUCACAUGGAAGUAGACACGGGGUCAGCCGUGUCAUGCAUAAGCAAACAGACCUAUGAUAAUUAUUUUAAACAGGAGCCAAUUCAAGAUAUCGGUGUUAGUCUAAAGUUUUAUGACGGCUCAAAAGUGAAACCUUUAGGAGUUAUUAGGCCCGAGGUAGGUUACAACAAUGUAAAGAAACAAUUAGAAUUGUUUGUGAUUGAUAAAGGUACUACUUCUUUGUUAGGUAGACAAUGGUUAGCUGAAAUGAACAUACAGGUUCCCAACUUCAAAAGUUUAAACUGUAACCGGGUGGAAAAUGUAACGCACUUGAAUAGUGAAAUAAGUAAAAUUCUCAACAGAUAUAAGGAGCUGCUGAGUGGCGGACUGGGCCGCUUCACGGGCGGCGCGGCGCGGCUGCGCGUGCGCGAGGGCGCCGUGCCCGUGUUCCAGCGCGCGCGGCCGCUGCCCUACGCGCUGCGGGAGCGCGUGGACCGCGAGCUGGACGCCAUGCUCCGCGACGGCGUCAUCGAGCCCGUCGACUGCUCCGAGUGGGCGUCACCGCUGGUCGCCGUCAAUAGAGCGGAUGGGUAUUCCUAA